CCCCGUACAUUAACCGCCCAAUUUCCAUCUAGAGGAGAAGAAUUUUGUGUUAAUUAUAUGAGAAAAGAGGGGUUAAACUUAAAUUUUUGAAAAGCUUUGAAGCGGCGUAACUGAAAGUGUGAAAAGGCAUAGCUUCCCUCGUUUAUUUUAGUAUAACCACACAGAGCAGAAACAGAGAAGAGAUUAGAGAAGAGUCAAAGUGAGUGAAAAUGUCAUGCUUGGGAAAGAGAAAGGAGGAGGAGGAGGAUCAGGACCAGGACUUGGCCUCCGAAGCCUUGGCCGGCAGCCAUGUUCAUCAUGCUCAGGGUCCCCCCAAGAAGACCCUCAAGAAAGAAGACUCUGCUGAUGACUCGAACGACGACGUUGUCGUUUGCGAGAUCUCCAAGAACCGUAGGGUUUCUGUACGCCAUUGGCAGGGCAAGAUCUUCAUCGACAUUCGCGAGUACUACCUCAAGGAUGGCAAGCAAAUGCCUGGCAAGAAAGGAAUCUCACUUACCAUGGAUCAGUGGAAAAUUUUUCGAGAUCACGUCGAGACAAUUGACAAGGCGGUUAAGGAGAAUUGAUAGGAAAGAGUAGUUGUUGGUGGUGGGUGCCCUUCUUUUGUUCAUUUUGUUUCUGACAUAUUAUGGAACAGCUUUUAACUUUUACGUGUUUUAACCCUGUCUUACCAGUAGUUAGUUUGCUGGGCUUAUGUUGAUAUUAAGGGAGGAUAUGAUAAUACUAGAAUGAAAGGUUUGGGUUAUCACUUAUCAGGUUGGUUUUAAUGUGUAUCUAGCUUGUGAUUAUAUUUAGGACCGACCUCCAAGCUUACUGAUAUUCUGUUUUGGGAAUUUAGGAUGGACCAUAUUAUCAAUAUAUAUCUUAAUUUGAUCCA